AUGGAGGAGCAGUCGAACAGGGCGCAUCGCCCCGCGAAGGAGAAGAAGAAGUUUGAAGGGCAAAAUCCAAAGGCCUUUGCAUAUUCCAACCCCGGAAAACUCAAUAGGCAGGCUGCCCGAUCGUACGAUGUCAAGGAGAAGAGAUUGCAUGUUCCUCAGGUGGAUCGCAUGCCUGAGGAGGCCCCUCCAACAGUCGUCGCUAUUGUUGGACCUUCAGGUGUCGGCAAGACAACCCUUCUCAAAUCAUUGAUCCGUCGGUACACCAAGCAAACCUUGAGCUCGCCGCAAGGCCCGCUUACUGUGGUCACCACCAAGCGCAAGCGCCUCACUUUCUUGGAAUGUCCCUCCGAUUCCCUUGCCGCCAUGAUCGAUGUAGCAAAGAUCGCCGAUAUCGUCCUGCUUAUGAUUGAUGGAAACUACGGAUUCGAGAUGGAGACUAUGGAAUUUCUGAACGCUCUUUCUACCAGCGGUAUGCCUGGUAAUGUCUUCGGCAUCCUUACCCAUCUCGACCUUUUCAAAAAGCAGAGUACGCUACGGAUGACGAAGAAGCGUCUGAAGCACCGUUUUUGGAGUGAGCUAUACCAGGGUGCCAAGCUCUUCUAUCUCUCCGGUGUGAUCAACGGUCGCUAUCCCGACCGCGAAGUCCACAACCUUUCACGAUUCUUAUCAGUUAUGAAGAACCCACGCCCACUUAUCUGGCGUAACUCUCACCCUUAUGCGCUUGCCGAUCGCUUCCUGGAUAUCACCCCUCCUACUCAGAUUGAAGAGAACCCCAAGUGUGAUCGUACUGUUGCACUGUAUGGCUACCUCCGAGGUACCAACUUCCCAGCUCAGGGAGCACGAGUCCACGUUCCUGGUGUCGGUGAUCUUACAGUCUCCGGUAUUGAAGGCCUUCCUGAUCCAUGUCCAACUCCCUAUAUGGACCAGCAGAUCGCCAAAGCAACUGGAAAGUCUUCAAGGCGUAAGCUGGGUGAAAAGCAGAAGCUUCUCUUCGCUCCCAUGUCCGAUGUGGGUGGUGUCUUGGUCGACAAGGAUGCGGUUUAUAUUGAUAUCAAGACGAACACUUUCGACCGUGAUUCCGACGAUGAGUCUGAUGAUGAGAACCGCGGACUUGGAGAGCAACUGGUGGUUGGCCUGCAGGGCGAACGACGAUUGCUUGGUGAGGCCGAUGAAGGCAUUCGUCUCUUCCGUGGCGGUGAAAAGAUUGCCCAAGGAGAAGACGGUGAAGAGUCUGGCAGGAAGCACAAACGCCAUGCCCGGAUCGCGGACGGAGAGCGUGUCACUGGGCUCGAAUCCGACGAUGAGGAGGGCCUCGAAAGCGGCGAGGAGGAUGAUGAAGAGCUCGGAGACGACCAGGAUGAGGAUGACGACUUCAGUGAUGACGAGGAAGACGAGAUUGAUGUUUCGGCGCCAGCAGACUUUGAAUCGAGAUUCAAGGAGCGCCAGAACGGCAAUUCUCACCGCGAGGAUGGAGACGUAGCUUUCGCUGACAGCGAUUCUGAUCUUGGCUCCAUUUCAUCAGUCGAGGAUCAGGAGCUGGAGAGCGGCGAGGAAGAUGAUGAGGACGAGGACGAGGACGAAGACGACGAGGGCAAUGCUCGAUGGAAGGAUAAUAUGUUGGCCAAUGCCAAGGCUCUCCAUGGAAAGCGACCGGCAUUCCGCGUUAAUGACUUAUCCCGCAUGAUAUACGACGAGUCGAUUACUCCUCUUGAUGUUGUGCAGAUUUGGCGCGGUGAAGAUGAGGAGGAGGGCCAGGAGUCCGACAUUGAAGCCGAUGAGGAGGGUGGGGAUUUCUUCAAGAAGACCGAUAACGAGAAGCGCGAUCAAGCCGAUUUCCGCGCCGUCCCUGAAUACGACUACGAAGAGCUGGAGCGAAAGUGGCGCGAUGAGGAGUUGAUCGAAUCCUUGAGACGUCGCUUCGUAACCGGCAAGCUCGGCGGUGGCGGUUCGGAUGAUGAUCUUGAAGAGGGAGACCUGGACGACCUUGAUUCAGAUGACGAAGGCGAUGGUGCUUUCGAAGAUUUGGAGACGGGCGAGGUCUUUGACGGAUUCGAUGACGACGACAAGGAUGAAGAUGAGGAUGAAGAUGAGGAUGCAGAGAAGACGCCUGAAGGCCCUGUCGACCUUGACGCAGAGCGCGAGCGCAAUGCUAAGAGGAAGGAAGAACUGAAGCUUCGCUUCGAGGAGGAAGACCGAGAAGGUUUUGCCAACGCUAAAGAUGGCAAACGAGAUGGUCUUGAGGGCGAAUUUGGCGAGGACGAUUGGUAUGACUUGCAGAAAGCGAAGAUGCAAAAGCAGCUCGAUAUCAACCGUGCCGAGUUUGAUGAACUCGACCCGGCCUCACGUGCUCGCGCUGAAGGCUACAAAGCCGGAACCUAUGUCCGAAUCGUCCUCGAGAACGUGCCUUACGAGUUCGCCUCAAAGUUCAACCCCCGCUUCCCUGUCAUUGUUGGUGGUCUAGCUCCCACUGAGGAUCGCUUCGGAUACGUGCAGAUUCGCAUCAAACGACACCGCUGGCACAAGAAGAUCCUGAAGAGCAACGAUCCGCUGAUCUUCUCGCUGGGAUGGCGUCGAUUCCAAUCAUUGCCCAUGUACAGUACCUCGGACAGUCGGACCCGUAACCGCAUGCUCAAGUAUACACCUGAGCACAUGCACUGUUUCGGUGUUUUCUACGGCCCCCUUGUCGCCCCCAACACUGGUUUCUGCUGUGUCCAGUCAUUCUCCAACAAGAACCCUGGCUUCCGCAUUGCCGCGACCGGUGUCGUUCUGAGCGUGGACGAACACACUGAAAUUGUUAAGAAGCUGAAGCUUACUGGUGUCCCUUACAAGAUUUUCAAGAACACCGCGUUCAUCAAGGAUAUGUUCAACUCCUCGCUCGAGAUUGCCAAGUUCGAGGGUGCAUCCAUCAAGACCGUGUCGGGUAUUCGUGGUCAGAUCAAGAGAGCCCUGAGCAAACCCGAAGGCUACUUCCGUGCGACAUUUGAAGACAAGAUCUUGAUGAGUGACAUCGUCUUCCUUCGAGCGUGGUACCCGAUCAAGCCUCACCGCUUCUACAACCCGGUCACCAACCUGCUCGACCAAGAGGAGGGCGGUGCUGGCGACAGUGGCUGGCAAGGUAUGCGACUCACUGGUGAAGUUCGUCGGGAACAGGGUAUCCCCACACCCUUGAACAAGGAUUCUGCAUACCGCAAGAUCGAGCGUCAAGAACGUCACUUCAACCCUCUUCGCGUUCCGAAACAGCUGGCUGCCGAACUCCCCUUCAAGUCGCAGAUCACCAAGAUGAAGAAGCACACAGAUAAGACAUACAUGCAAAAGCGUGCCGUUGUUCUUGGUGGCGAGGAGAAGAAGGCCCGCGAUCUCAUGCAGAAGCUGACCACCAUGCGCAACGAGAAGCAAGCCAAGCGUGCGGCUAAGCAAGAGGAGCGCCGCAAGGUCUACCGUGCCAAGGUGGCCGAUGGCUUGGAGAAGAAGGCUGCCCGUGAGAAGCGGGAGCGUGACGAUUACUGGCGUCGUGAGGGCAAGAAGCGGAAGAAUGACGAUGAGUCUGGUGGCAGUGGUGGUAAAAAGCGCAGAUGA